CUGUGCCUGUGUCAGAUUUUAGUUGAGUGUUUUAUAUAUAUAAUCCCAUUAUUUAUAUAUAUAAAUGAGCCAAUCACAUAUUAUCACACAAAUUUGGGCAAAUCAACCCCUUCGUAAACAAACCCGAUUACAAGCACUAAUUCCACCCUGAACCCGGAAUCACCAUAAUUUCCGCCACAAAUCUCACCCUCACCUUACUUCCAGUGUACUCCACACCACACAACCCCAUCCACACGUUCACACGUCAAAUCAAACACAACUUAUGUAGUAAAAAAGACCGCCUUCACAAGCUACUGAGACUCAAGCGACUGUCGGACUUCCAACACAACAACACUCCCAUACUAAAAUGUUUACGGCGUCGGAGGUGAAUGCGUGUGAGCUGGUCGUUGUCUCGGCGAGAUUACGGGAUCAUAUGCGUAGUUUCGAUAAAAGCGAUCCUCUUCAGUUCGCUAAUCUUUGCAUUUCCUUAGCAAGAUGUAUUGAUUAUGCCCUUGCAAGUAGCGAAGUUCCAAAGUUUGACUUGCAGUUUCCUACGUUGUUGAAGCAGAUAUGUGAACACAGAAGUGAUUGUGCAUUACAAGCAGCAAUUAUGGUUUUAAUGAUCUCCGUAAAGACUGCCUGCAAGAAUGGAUGGUUUUUGCAUAAUGACAGUAAGGAGCUGCAGACUCUAGCACAUGAGAUUGGGAGCGCAUUUUGCUGCACAAUAGAUAUGAAGACCGACAUGAGUAGUUUGGAACCAACCAUCACAACAAUAAUGUCAAGAUUUUAUCCACAAAUGAAAAUCGAUCAAAUUCUCACUUCUCUUGCUGUUAAGCCCGGAUAUGAGGCGUAUAUGAUGGAUUUCCAAAUACCGAAAAAUUUAAAUGUCCCACAAGAUGUUUGGUUAUUUGUAGCUGAAAUAGACAACUUGGAGACAUCAGCGUGUAUCAUUAGUCCGCAGCAAGUGAACUUUCUGUUGAAUGGGAAGGGUGUCGAAAGUAGAAGCAAUAUUUUAAUGGACAAUGGACCUCAACUUCCCACCAAUGUAACUAAAUUGCUCAAACAUGGAACAAAUCUUCUUCAAGCCGUGGGGCAGUAUAAUGGCAAUUACGUAAUAAUGGUGGCCCGUAUGAGUUUGGGGAAACCUCCUGUUCGUCCCAUCUUGCAAGAUUAUGUUCAGCCUACUGUUGCUUUACUGGAUUCAGAUACGGAUUUGACUGAAGGGCCAUCUCGAGUUUCACUAAGUUGUCCAAUAAGCAUGAAGCGUAUCAGAAUUCCUGUCAAAGGUGUUUUAUGCAAACAUCAUCAGUCUUUUGAUCUCGACAAUUAUGUGGAUAUGAAUUUAAGACGACCAUCCUGGCGCUGCCCCCACUGUAACCAGACUGUCUGCUUUAAUGACAUUCGUAUAGAUCAGAAGAUGGUGAAGAUUUUAGAGGAUGUGGGAGUUAAUGUUGCUGCUGUGAUGAUAUCUGCUGACGGAUCAUGGAAAGCUGCAACUGAAAGCAACAAUCAAAGUGACACGCAACAUGAAGAAACCUCAAAUUGUACUCUGGAUGACAUUGUCCUUCCACAGUGUACAGUGACAAACAGACUUCCUCCCAUAAUGGAUCUAACUGAAGAAGUUGAUGUGAUGGACAUAGUGAGUGAUGGUGAAAAUGAAUGUGUAAAUCCCCUUUUAGCGCAUAAGCAGGACCAGUUGAGCAACCCGUGUACUAAGAGUACAAAUGUAAUUAAUCAGAGCACUCCGUUGCAAUUUAAAGAUUGCUACGGGUCAGGAGUUUAUUUGCCCAUUCAUGGAUCUGAAACAUCAGAUGGCAGGAUAGAUGCCCAGGUUAAUGCUGUCUCAGUAUCCGCUCCUACAAGUCAUGUAUCUCCUGUGUUAACUGAUGCCAUAUCUCCUGCUCUUAGUCGGGAGCCUGAUAGUUUUCAUGCACCUCCCCUUGCAGCCUCUGAUGCGCCAAGCCAGAGUGCUCUUCCCGUAAAUACACCGGUACAACAGUUCAGUAAUUUUGAUAUGGUCAAUGAAUAUGUGAGGUUUCCUACAACAUCUAUAAAUACAAACAGUGUUCAAGGCCUUCCUGUCCAAGCUUCACCAUCUAUUUUGCAACAAAGGCCAAUAAAUGCUUCUCAGAUAUGUCCUAACCCUUUGAUGGUAAACAGCUCUAACCCAGUUUUCAGUAAUGUUGAAAGGCGUCAGCAGCCUAUGUCUCAUCUCAGUUCAUACCCGGGGGCAUACAUGUCCUUAUCUUCGUUGCAGCAGCAAGUAAGGAGUUGGGGUCAGCAGGGUCAGUUCAGUCCAAGUCAGCCAUCUCAACCAAUUACUCCGACAGUUUCUAGUCGACAUCCUCGUGGUUAUCGAGUCCCCACAGUACCUGUUACUGAUGGCCAUAACUUGCAUCAACAAUCUAUAGGACAAAGAAUGUUGAACAUACGGAGUCCCUCCCCAAGCCUGGUCAGGUCAUCGGUUCACGGACCACCUACUCAAUCUCCUCAUGGAGGUCUGCUGAAUAGGGUUACUUCCACACCACCUGUUGGUCAGCAGCCGGGACAGUCCCAUAGAUCAGCUCAACAAGCAUCCCAAUUAGCAGGAAUAAGCUCACAAAUGCUUUCAGGUCUAGUACAAGAACCUCCUAUCAUAAGGAAUGUCUCUGCAGACAGCAGGCCUUUGACGGGCAACACUGGAGGAACAAUCCAACCGGCAACGCCUGAAGUUUUAGUGGAUAUGUCAGCUGCAGGGCAGGAGUGGCGGCCAACAGGCCGCAUGCGUGGAAGUCUAUCAGGGGCCGCUUAUUCUGCUGCCCUGAACCAGUUCAUUACCCAACCAGCGCAGCCAGUUCAAACAACCAGGCCUUUAACCAAUGUGGCCACAUCCAUAUCUGGUAUUCCGUACCCACAACAUGUCCUGAAGGCAAUGAGUAUGAAUCCUACCACAGAAGCGCUCAACAUGUCAACACCAGUUCCAACUACCAGGCCUUCAACCAAUAUGGCCACAUCCAUAUCUGGUAUCCCAUACCCAACCUGCUAGUACUACUGGGCAGGAUCAAUCAAUCGUCGAGUAAGUAUAAAGAGAAUUAGCAGUCCCCCUGACUUAACCUUGUAAUACUAGGUAUCCGGUUAAGGUUUAUAACAAACUAGGUAUUAGCAUGUUGUUUUGAUCCUUGCUAGUAGGCAGUUCAGAGGUAGGUCUCGCGCAGCGAGGUAGUUCAGGAGUAUGUCCAAGACCGUUCGAUAUCUCUAUCUAGUUGAAUGCAUUCAGCAAGAAGACACCCUCCCCUUCACAUUUCUCUUUUGUUAUAUGAUAAAUUUUAUUGAUCUGAUGUGAUCAAGUAGGGCUCAAUGUAGCAAAAAGUAAGGCCAAAAUGUAAAUUCCGUUGAUGUGUUAUCCUUGUCCCCCGCCCUGGUUCCGCUGGUGUGUUAUCUCGCACUGGUUUUACUGGCUUUAACGGCUGUAAAAUAGAUGAAGUGAUCGGUAAGCUUGAAGAUUACAAUGAAAAGCUAGAUAUAUUAUUGCUGCAUGGCGCAUGUAGAAAGACAGAGAUAGGAUUAGGUGCUUGUUUGACUGAGUUUAAGAUUGUGAUCAGUAAGCUUGAAGAUUACAAUGAUAAGCUAGAUGUAUUAUUGCUCCAUGACGGAUGUAGAAAGACAUAGAUAGGAAUAGGUGAUUUUUUGGCUGAGUUUAAGAUUGUGAUUUAUGACGAAUUAAUAUGAUUUUAAAAUGUUUGUUAAAUAA